AUGCGGCUGUUUUUUGACCUCGCCCUUGCCCUCGCCCUCUGUGCGCCUGGCCGCGCUGCCCUGCUCCGCUCCGGCGCGGCCGACGCGGCGCAGCGAGUCGAUACCGGCACCAGCUUGCGCGCGAAGGUGGGCUACAUGGUGCAGGGCAUGCUGCAGAGGAAGCACACCACCACGCGGCACAUCGCGAAUACGGUGCACAAGAAGAUGAAGUUGAGCGACGCGCUGCCGAUGUUGGAGGACAAGCUGCCCAAGGAUGUGACGUCCCUGCUGCACCUGUCGAACGGGGAGCACGCGGCGGCCGCGGGGCAGUUCAGCGAGGUCUCGUUGGCCAAAGCACGCGUGUACUUGAACAACAUGAUGUAUGACGCGUGGCUCCAGCUGGACCAGAUCGAGGUCGAGAGCAAGGAGUUCGAGGAGAGCAACCGCAUGGUGUUCAGCCAGGUGGUGACCGACCUGGAACACUUGGGCUCGGACCUCGCCGACAAAGAGCGCAUGAAGAGUGAGGCCGAAGGGGGCAACGCCGACAUGCAGACUCGGAUCAACAGCCUGGAGGGCGCCCUGGAUACGCUGAAGCGCGGCUUCCAGUCAACCCGCGAGAAGAACGCGUACGAGCUCUCGCUUCGCCAGGACGAUCAGGAUGUCUUCACCGCCAUCCUGCAGCUGUCCAAGUGCCCGAACGCCUACGGAGACGACACGUACUCCUUCGCGCAGCAGUUCCAGGUGUGCGACACGGACAAUGGCACUGAGUUGGUGGUAAACGAUUCUUCCAUGGCAGCGAAGCUGAAGCGGUCGCCGCGGGUGCAGAAGGUGCUCGAGGAAGUCCUUGGGGCCGCCGAGUCGGGGGCGCCUUCGCUGCUGCAGAUCGCUCAGGCGCCCCCGCCGCAGAGGGUCAAGCAACCGCCGGGCGGCUCGAGGAAGUGUGUGAACGGCAUUGUCAACUGCGGUUACCUCCACGACAUCAUGGCGUUGGAGUGGGGCAAGUUCAAGGACCUGGUGGACGAGCUGACCUACAUCAUGCAGCGCAACCGCGACGCCUACGAGGGCGAGAAAGAGAACAUGAACGAACAGAUCGGGACGCUGAGGUCGAACAAGAUGAAGUUCACGGAGAUGCUGGGCGAGGCCAUCUCCGAGAUCAACGCGCUCACGGCGGCGACGCGCGAGAAGCAGCAGCAGCACCGCGACAUCGAGAGAGCGUUCACGAUCAAGAUGGCGGAUUACAGGAAGCGCAUGAGCGAGAUCCUCUACACGAACAUCUGCGGGACUCGGACCGUGCGCAAUGCACUGAUGCGGUACAGUGCAGUCUCGCCCACGCACUCGAUCAAGGACUGCGACGUGACAGACUGGUCCGCGGGGCCGUGCACCGCCGACGGUAGGGGCAACUCACGAUCGGUAGAUUGUGACGACAGCUGCCCGGCCGACGUGGGGGGCGUCGACGUCGACACGUGCGGUGGCCUGUAG